UGUUCAGUGAGUACGUGUGUGUGUGUUGUGGGAAGGGCUUUGAGUCGAGGUAAAGACGAGAGUCAGCAGUCGUCAGUGAAUCAGAGAGAAAAGAUGAAGUUCCUUCUCAGCAGUCUGCUGCUCGCCUCUUUCUGCACCCUCUCUUCAUAUAGUAAGUAAAGCUGUCUCAACUUGAUAUCAAAUUUGUUUUAUUAUUCAGAUUUAUGAUGUUAUUGUUUAAUUUAGCUGCUUCAGUCUUGGUCCAAAAACAGGAAAAUAUACGGAAGCUGAGAGGGGCCACACUAGUCAGUUAUACUGAUAUCUAAAAAGCACUUUAUCAUGAUGUGAGCUUUAAAGAGAGAGUGUAAACCUGGUGAUAACACACCAACACAAACAUUCCCAACAUCUGAUAGAUUAAACCAAACUUUGUUAUUUUGCUACGGACAAAAAAGCCAUAUCAUUAUAUUUGCAUGUGCGGUGGAAUCAGUUGGAAAUUGUACAGAGGCCAAAAAUACUCGCAAUUGUUUUACACCCUGUCACUUCAAUUAUUUUGACAUUUAAGGGGAAACUCUGCUGUUAGGUUUGCAGUUUUUUAAAUUACAGUUUUGGUUCAAAUUCUGGAUGAUGUUUAUUUUUGAGAAGGAAAAGUGGCUCGAACUGAAAAUGUAUGGAAGCUCUUAAGUGAUAUCCUGCGAGCGCCCAAAGUGCUGCCAAGUUUCUGUCCUUUUCUGUUGACAUGUUUGCAAAUAUGUCACUUUAUUGAACCUUAAAUUACCAUGGAAGUGUGCGAUAACCCACUGGUUAUAUGCUCACGUCAAUAUUUGUACAUUAUCCUAUACAAUAAAACUAAAUAAAGUCAAUGUUUCAAUCACUCUGUCCAAUUAUGCAGGCUUUUAGAAAAUCAGAAACAUGAUGGAGAAUUAUGGUCACGUUCACGAUUUGGGGGUUAAGUUCCUAACUUUCUGAGAGUAGCAUCAUAAGAGAAAAAAAAUCAUAGUUUUUAAGAAAGAACUUGUAGUGAACUUGUAAAGUUAAAAUGAAAAAUAAAUGAUUUAAUACCUGACUAUGUUUAACUGAGGGAGCAAACCCAGUUACGGAUCCUCCUGAUGAGACAUUGGAGCGUUCUGAAAGGUUGAUUACAGGUCAUUACAUGAACCAGAAAUUUGUUAUUGAUUUAAAUUAAAAUGCCCUUGCAAAAUUCUCCUUCAAAAAGGCACUCUGACAGAUCAUUUUUUAAGUAAACACAAACAAAUUAUUUCAAUAUCUUGAGUAAGUUAUGAAUUGAUACUUUAUUAUCACAAAUACAAUCAUGUGGUGAACACGCUGAUGAGUAAAACCAUUUAAAAAAGAUUCUAUCACUGGAUAAAUUACUCUGUUGUCUUAAAAGAUUAUCCUGUUUUUUUUAGAAAUUUGAUGAAUUAACAAUUAUUUGAUUUUCUCAGGAAAUCAGCCCCAAUUGAACAUCAGUUUCUCCUCAUAUUUUACCCGGUGAUUUGAUUAAAAAGAGGCCUUUUAGACCCCCCUUGAUGAAAACUCUCUUCAGAGAUUUAUUUACUUAUUUUGGUUUACAUAUGCCGGUACUUUGUUCAUCUCUUAGAGGAAUUUGACUGACACGCACUAAAACGUGGACAAACAGGAUCUCACCAACAUGCACUGAUGGAGGAUGCUCUUAAACAGAAUAAUUUACCUUUGGGUUUUUCAAGGUAACACAGUUUAAUGCAAAUGCAACCAAGACAUUUGUAAAAUUGUUUGUCUAUCAUUCACCCCUGAAUUCAAUUUUUGUACGUGCCAUUAUGUAGUUCCCGUCAGAUAUACAGUACGUAGCACCAAAAUGCCUCACUUUUGACACAACAUACAAUUCAAAGUCUGAAAUAACUGAAAAUACUCAACACAGGUUAAUGGCUGCAUCUGUCUUUCAUAGGUGUUUCACCCGGGCUCCUUGCUGUGAUCCAGACUCCUCAUGUCUCCGUCAUCGAGGGUGACAGAGUGAACAUCACCUGCUGCUGGACAGGGGAGUUUGAAAGAGUGUCGGUGAACUGGCUGAAAAAUAGGACCGAUAUUAAGAGGGACAUCAUCUACCAAGGGAAUAACUCCCGCUGCUCUUACUUGGUCUUUCCAAACAUCACAAAAGCCCACCUAGGAAGAUACAUCUGCCAGUUGUCUGUGGACAUACCACAUUAUUACAAGACUGAAGGAAAUGGGACUGUGAUCACUGUUGAAGACAGAGAAAACACUGACGACAACUCAACAGAGGGUACGUGGAAAAACAAUGGAGGGAAGGUUUGAAUAAUAACCUUGAUUUUUAAUUUUAUAUAAUUUGUAUCUAAAUUUGUUUUCAGAUACACAACCUGGAGACACGAACGGCAGUCCUCCACCAUCAGCUGUGAUCAUUUCUCUUGGUGUGGUGGCCCCAGUGCUCCUCAUCAGUCUCCUCUGUUUCUGCUUUCUAAAAAGGAAACAAGGUACACAAGAAAAAAAAAAAUCUGAAUACACACCCUGCAAGUUUGGCAUUACUUUAUCUGCUGCGCAUAAUCUAGAAUCAGAUCUCAGUUUUUGUCGCUGCAGCAAACCAGACUGCCAACAAGACAACAAAAAGCUUCAACAGACACCAGAGUCACUCUUGUGAGCUCAGUUAAAAAACAGUUUAACAAAAUAUUUACAGUAGGUGUACCAGGGGAGCAGUACAGCUGUGUGCGUUUGUGCAAGACGACAGUGAGUGCAAAAGUCUGAUUGUAUUGAACUUAGAUGCAGUUUGCAAAGUCUCAUCUGAACUUGGUGAGUGAACCUCUCCUGUCCUUAUUUAUAAGAGUGACAGAAAUGUAGAUAGAAACAGGCGAUCAGGGUCAAAACAGUGACAUUGCCCUGAGUUUCACUGCGUCACUUGUUGAGAGUACAGUGUUAAUGAUGCAAACUGGUUGAUGCUGUUGCAUGUGGUUAUGACGCAAACUCAGUGUUACAAAAUAUUUCAACAAAACAUGCCAAAUAAAAGGACCAGUUCCUCGGCUUAACAAGAAAACUCUUCACUUUGCUGUUUGUUGUAUUAUGGGAGUUAACUCACCACAAUGCCAAUCUCCUUUCAUGUACCCUCCUUGUACCCACUUUUUGUUUCAUGUUUACACAGGAAACAUGUCACCUAGUGUGACCACGUGUCCGCAAAGACAUGAAAAAGUGUGAAAAAUGUCAUUUGUUAACCAAGAAUGGAACCCUGUGACACAUCUUUGGGGGGAGGGGAUUCAUAACCUGCCACAUUAAUUGUUAUUAGAAUAGAAAGAGCAUUACCAAAUCACCAAAACGUUUCAUGGUAUUAAUGUAAUAUUUUUGGAUUGAGGUUUUUACACUUCUAUUAUAACCGGACCAAACAAGAACUUUCGUGACAUCUUUCAAACUCGAUUUUGACAAAGAAACCACAGGUGAGGUUACGCAACAACAACAAAAAAAAACUAUGUUCAUGAGUCAUCUGGACAUUUUUAUAGAUUUACCUGUUGCCAAGAGGUUAACACUAAAAACACUUCAAUACGAAGCUUAUAUUUCUGCUCACAGUUUCUUUAACAACCUUAAUUUCUUUAACUGUUUGUAUGUGUUUGGUCCAUGUGUCCAGCCAAAGCUCUCAGAGUCAUCUACGAGGUCCCCCACAUCGACUCCGAGGUGGCAGAAAUGGACAAACACAGCACCACUUCCUCCACCGGCUCGUCUCAGUGGGUGAGUCUAUCUGAGUUUUAUCAACCUUUUAAAAGUGAAGUGGCAAGAAAUUAAAUAAAGUUCAACUGACCAUCAAAAACUUUCCACAUUUUUUCCACCACAGCUUCUAUAUCAGAGGUUAACUCAGAAUGUGUGGUGAAAGACAUGGUGGGUGACCUGGUGUGACCUGCCACAUUCAUUUUUCUCAGAAUAGAAUGAGAAUUACCAAAUUACUCAAACAUUUCAAGUUAUUAAUGUAAUAUUUUUGGAUUGAGGUUUUUACACUUCUAUAAUAACCCGAUCAAAUGAGAACUUUUGUGACAUCUUUCAAACUCAAUGUUGACAAAGAAACCACAGGUGAGGUUACGCAACAACAAAAAAUACCUUCUAUGUUCAUGAGUCAAGAGCCAUUUUUCUUGUCAGUGUUUAGAAACAAUGGCUAUAGCUUAAAGAGCGUAUCCACUUAACCAGUUUGAGGAUGUUGUUUUCAAUCUAAUACACACACACACAAAAAAAAAAGAAAGCCAAUGUCAUGUCUUUUCCUUUUUACACCUGAAGUCUGAAAUUUGUUAUCAUGCUGAAAAGCAGAAUCGAAAAACUUGUGCUACAGAGUUAUGUCUGUUUUCAAUGCAGUGGAGUCUGGGGGCCAUCUAGUACAAACUUACCUCAUUAUUCUGAAAUCGUUGAACUAUUUGCUCACGCAGUCUCUCACAUAGUGCUGAAUCUCCUCUAAAUUUCACUUCUAGGAGACUCAGCCUCUCUGGACAGCCCUUUUUAUACCCAGUCACGUUACUAACUUGCCGCAAACUACACUAAUUAGUUGACGAUUAAUUUGCAAAACUCAUUGUUCUGUGUUUGUUGUCCCUGUCCAAUUUUUUUUAAAAACCUGUUGUUUGGGUUAGAUCAAAAAAUGAACUUUAAAAAAAAUCUAACAAUACACAUUUAAAGUUUCUAUAUUAAUAUGAUGUCUCUGCCACAGAAGGGGUCAUGUGAAAUGAGGAAGAAACACAUUAAAUCAAAAUGUAGCAGACAUAUUCAGCCUUGCGUCUCUUACACAACAUCCAGUUGAUGAAAUUCUUCCUUUGCCUAAUGGGGAACUUUUUCAUAAACUGUGUUAGAUUAAAAUGAUCCAAAAAGUCAUAAUCAGAAACGUUUUAAAACAACAACAUAUAACUGUUUGUAUUAUUAUAUGCCAUGUGAUGCAUAUCUACAAACUGAGUUUUCAGAGUUCUGAAUGAAUUGUGUCAGAAACACUGAAAAUAUUAGUUUAAUUUUGGAGGGAUGAAAUAUCUGACUGUUGUACUGGAUCAAACUUAGGCCUGCAGGUGUUCAGGUCUAUUCUGGUUUAACAAGCUUAGACCUGAGGAGCUGUAUUAAAAAGAAAACUUACCAUAUUGUGACAUAAUUGUGAAAUAACUGACAUCCUGUCUGACUAAUUGUGCCUGCUGCUCACGCCUACUCAGUUUUAUCUGCAGCACAUUAGUAAAGGUCAUCUUUGAGCACAUAUUUAAGAUUAAGCCUUUAAUCCAAGCAUCUUGAUUUAGGGCUUAUGUGCAUUUACUCUGUAUUAUGCUUGUAAUGACGAUGUUUAUGUCUGUCUUUUUCAGUGCCAAGUGCCGGUGUAUGAAUCCUUCGACUACUUUGAGCGUGUGCAGAACAGAGACAAAUGUUGAGGCUCAAGUAUCUUGUCUUCCCUGCUUUAAACAUGUAUAUAAUGUAAAAUAGAUGAUUUCCCUUCACAUGAACCAUGUAAAAAUGUGUAAGACUGUGCAUAGUUUAUAGUUUAUAUAUUAAAACUGAGUCAAUUAAAUCUGUGCUCCAAGUUCAUGUCAUUGAAAACAUUUUGAGAUUUUUCUACGUAGAAAUAAAGGCUCUCUGAUUUUCA